GCGGCGGCUUCCUUGGACUCUACUCUCGCUCCGUACGGGUGCUGGUGCCAGAAGAAAAAGGAUGAUUGAUGGCGGACAGGCUGUAGACGCUCAUCGUUGUGCUCCACCAACUGAUUUAUCAGUUUGGCUGACCAUUCCUCAUGAGUCGGGAAAGAGGAGGAUCGCUCAGGAUUAUUGACAGCACCGCUGAGGACUGGCAACAUUGUUAAAUCAGCAGCAGCAUUUGGACAUUAUUUACAUAUGCGAUAAAAAAAAAUCCUGAUAACACAGUGGAAGGCAAGAUUGAUUUGAACCACAUCUCUUUGACAUGCUAGCUUCCACCAAAGUUUCCAACUUUAAAAAACAACCAACCACUGUAAUCUAACGCUUCUCCUCUGGAACACAUCUUACAAUAACUUCAGCUUUUCCGGUGUACAUAUAUGUAUAAUAUACACUGCACUUAGAUCUCUACGGUUGUAGCCAGCAAGGCACCUGUAAAGGAUUUAGAGAUGUAUUUGUCAAGGUUCUUGUCGCUCCAUGCCCUUUGGGUUACCGUGUCUUCGGUGAUACAGCACUAUCCUUCAGUGUGGGGACAUUAUGAUGUGUGUAAAACCCAGAUUUAUACCGAUGAAGGGAAGUUUUGGGAUUACACAGCCUGUCAGCCAGAAGCCAUAGAUAUGAUGAAAUAUGUGAAAGUAAACCUGGAUCCACCUAAUAUAACAUGUGGAAAUCCACCGGAGACCUUCUGCGGAACGGGGAAUCCCUACAUGUGCAAUGAGUGUGAUGCCGCCAUUGAUGAACUGGCACAUCCACCUGAACUGAUGUUCGAUGCCGAAGGAAGGCAUCCCUACACCUUUUGGCAGUCUACCACUUGGAAGGGUUACCCCAAGCCUCUCCAGGUGAACAUCACCUUGUAUUGGAACAAAACCAUUGAGCUAACGGACAACAUAGUCAUCACCUUUGAAUCCGGCCGCCCAGACCUAAUGAUCCUGGAGAAGUCCCUCGACUAUGGUCGGACGUGGCAGCCCUAUCAGUAUUAUGCUACAGACUGUUUAAAUGCUUUCAACAUGGAACCAAAAACGGUGAGGGAUUUAUCCCAACAAACAGUCCUAGAAAUCAUUUGCACAGAAGAGUAUUCUAUGGGGUACAUGGCAAACAGUAAAAUCCUCCACUUUGAGAUUAAGGAUCGGUUUGCCUUUUUUGCCGGGCCUCGGCUUCACAAUAUGGCUUCUCUCUAUGGUCAGCUCGACACAACCAAGAACCUAAGAGAUUUCUUUACUGUCACAGACUUGAGGAUAAGACUGCUUAGGCCAGCCACAGGGGAAAUAUAUGUGGAUCCGCAACACCUGGCACGCUACUUUUAUGCAAUCUCGGACAUAAGAGUAGUUGGAAGGUGCAAGUGCAACCUUCAUGCCACCGGCUGCAGAGAAGAAAACAAAAAGUUGUUAUGCGAAUGUGAGCACAAUACAACAGGGCCAGACUGCGGAAAGUGCAAGAAGAACUAUCAGGGAAGGCCUUGGAGUGCAGGCUCGUAUCUCCCCAUUCCUAAGGGCACCGCAAAUAUCUGUAUGCCCAGUAUUCUCAGCAUUGGUACUCCUCCAAAGUUUGAUAGGAUAUGGCCGAAUAUUUCUUCCCUUGGGGUUUCUAACCCAAAUCAAGUUGCUCCAAAAUUAGCUUUGUCUACUGUUUCUUCUGUUCAAGUUCCAAUCCCCAAGAGAGACUGUGAAUGCUUCGGCCACUCCAACCGGUGCAGUUACAUCGAUCUGCUCAGUACAUUCAUUUGUGUGAGCUGUAAACACAACACUAGAGGGCAGCACUGUGAGUUGUGCAGGCUGGGCUACUACAGAAAUACUUCUGCAAAGCUGGACGAUGAAAAUAUAUGCAUAGAAUGUAAUUGUAACCGUACGGGCUCAGUCCAUGAUCGCUGUAAUGAAAAAGGAAUUUGUGAGUGUAAGCAGGGAACAACAGGGCCUAAGUGUGAUAAGUGUCUGCAGGGAUAUGAAUGGCACAACCAGGGUUGUCAAUCAAACGUGUGUGACAAUGAACUUCAGAUCUGCCAGAACGGAGGAACGUGCCAGAACAACAUGCGCUGUAGGUGCCCACCAGCCUAUAUGGGUGUAUUAUGUGAGAAGCGGAAUUGUGACAUGUACCCGGAAUCUUGCAGUGAAGGCUCUGGACAAGGGGCAGUAUCAUUGCCACGCCUGACACUUUUAUUACCACUGAUCGUUCCAAUAGGAUUAAGUGGGUUUUUCGUAUUCUAG